GGCGGGCCUGCGGAGGAGGGGGAGGGAGAACGGGGCUGGCAGCCUCACCUGUCGCCGACGGUGCGCCGCGGCUGCCGCGCGCCCGCGUUUGGGUUCCCGAGUUGUUCUUCCGGGUUUGACCAAUCGACGGUGCGCGCGUCUUAGACGUCAUCGAGUCACGUGCCGCAUAGCGCCUGUCAGGAUAAAAAAAGCGUCCCUUUACGCGGGAAGCGUGGCUAUUCAUCGCCGGCAAGCACCGUGAUAGAAACGAGCGGCGACGCGAUCGACCUCAAUCAUGUGUGGAGCACUCCGACUGGUAAAAUGGAGGCUGCUGGCCACUGCACUCGUAGCAUUGUUCCUGGCGUACCAAGCAGCCGCCGAUGUUACGAAACCAAAAGAGAUUACGGACAAAGCAGGGGCCAAAGACUCGAAUGGCGGUGAUCUGAUUGGCGAAAGCACGGGCUACAAACACAGACGCAUCACCAAGCCAUCUUCCCUCGAGGUGGACACUCCUGUGGAGCCUGUCGGCUAUCAGAACCAAGGAACCUAUGAACGCUCUGGGUAUGUAAAGGGUUACGCAAAGCUCCGAGACGCGACGUAUGGCAAGAUAAGCUACAGUCGCGAUGAUUCCUACCGGCAGGAGCGGGAUUAUGAGAGCCCGUCGAUGCACGAGAGGGUUAACUAUGGCAAAGUGAAGUACAGCCACGGAGGCGACGACGAUGCAGGCUACAGAGAGAGCGAUGACUCGAGGCCUGGCACCGCAGCUGAUGACAGCAACACGUACGGCAACGACGGCUACCUGACGCCCAUCUACAACCGAGGAGACUACGUGCGAGUGAGCCACCAGAGAGGAACCUACCGCCACAAGAGCCGCCCAAGCGGAAUGUCCUACAUACCGGUCGAGUACACCCGUCAAGUGUACCCGUACGAGCAAGGAGACCAGCAGGCUGGAGGCCAGGUCGGCUACUCCUCGCGGCUCCACAACAACAAGAUCGGUGGCAGCAGCUCGGUGUUCGACGGGGGAAGCUACAACUAUGCCGACGCCAAUCGUUACCAGGCCGUGGGCGGCGACUACGACUUCGGGUCGAACAAGCCGCACUUGCAGCCGGGAUCUUCUAUCCAGGGUGGCCUAAGCAUCUUUGGCGGUUACGGUCAGGGAAAUGGCAACUUGCGGUACCGAGACUUUGUCCCGUACUACGGCUCGGACGGGUACUAUAGCCGCCACGACAACGGAGGUUACGGGCUCCAGAGCUUUGGCUCCAGUGUACGCGAAGGUCAGCCCAAACCAUACGAAGAUUACAGCAACGCUCUCAACGAGGGCGGCUAUGACGAAGCGUACGCUAGGCAGAGUCAAAGGUACGGCGCAAAGCCCUCGUCAGGGAAGAAGACGCACAAGCAGAAUGGCAGCAACCGCAGUGGACUGGGCGCCUACAUAGUCGGCGUCGAGUACAUUGGCCGCACCCCGCUUCUCCUGCAGACUCAAUCACCGCACGGCGCCCCCGCCAAGGAAGAACAGUACUGGAAGUGACGGACCCGGCUGCCGCAAACACAUCUUCCGCUCCCCCAAUGUAUAUCGGUCAUAAAAUUAUCGUCCCCAGUGUAGCUCACACCUGACCCUGUUUCUACUCGAGCGCAUGCACCCUCUAGUCUCGUAGCAUGACAACAUACUACAUUGCAAGCUAAACUGCAGAACAUACCCUUCCCCACACAAGUCACUACCUAGAGAGCAGGAGUGACUCUGAGCUCUACAACUCAACACAUUCCCCCACCCAACCAGAAAUCAUCUCAUAGCCCCUACACAAUUCUCUCCGCAAUGCCGCUUCUGCGGAGAACCUGCGUCCCUUAGGCACACAGUAGGGGAUUGCAUACAGGCAACGCUAAAUCCUCCGAACCCUUACCACACCAACGAGCUUUGGGAGAAAGCCUUUGCCAGCUCCGACCUCGAGGAUCAGCAACGGCUGAUCUCGAGGGCCCAGGACGUGGCCCGAGCUCAAGGAGUUCUGGAAUGAGGACGCCUCUCCAAAGCUAUUUACACAAUAAAGAUGUUUAUUCUCUCUCUA